GCAUGUGCCCUUUGAGCGUAUCUAACUUUGUGCGCAUGCGUUCGUUAAAUAAAAGUAGAGUGAGAUUAGAGCGUGAGUGUUUUAAUGUGAGAUCCUGAGCGGACGGUCAGACCGGACCAUCUUCUCUCCGUUUCUCCGGUUUGUGUUCAGCCAAGAAGAAUCAAACAGGCUCGUUUGUUUCCUCACUCCCUGAUCUGCAGAGCAGGAAGUUGUCAGAGUGGAUGUGCAGAGUUUCCACAGUUUGCGGACAGUGACGGACUGAAGGAAAGACACCACGUAGAGUCCGCAGAGAUGCCCGCCCGGAUGGAUGACGUCAUGCGUUUGUGCUGUGAAGUAUCGGCUCACGAGGAGAUCAAGGUCGCCGUGAAGAACUCCACCAAAGGGGCGAUGGUGGCGGGAGGAUCUGCGUUUGUGGGCGGGCUGCUCGGAGGACCUCCGGGGAUCGCUGUCGGCGGCGCCGUUGGCGGUCUCCUGGGCAGCUGGCUGACCAGCGGGCAGUUCAGACCUCUGCCUCAGAUCCUGAUGGAGCUGCCUCCUCAGCAGAGGCAGCUCUACGAGUCCAUCAUGGCCGUCUUGGGGAACCUGGACUGGACGGACGCGGCCCAGCUCGUCUCGUUCGUGAUGGGGAACUCCACCCUCCAGCAGCAGGUCGCCGCCGCCUUAAUUAGCUACGUCACCAAGGAGCUGAGAGCCGAGGUGCGCUACAAGGACUGAGGGAUGGCUCCACGUGGACUUGACCUUUGAACUUGGACGUCUCACAGCUCACACAGACGAAGUUCUCAGUAAUGUUUGUACAGCACUGAUGUCUUUGUUACUUUGGCUUUUUUAAUCCCUGAAUGGGACCAGCGUGUAAUUUAAUCUAGAUUAGAAAAUCUGCUCAUUCCCACACUCUGCAUCAGGGUGUUUUUAAAGUGCUCCUGCUCUCAGAUUUCAAAUAAAAAAACCUUUCAAGCUUUUCAUUUAAUAUUUGUUCACCAGCUUUGAUGACUGACAGCUCAGUGACGACCUCAGUUGGUUCGCUGUAAAAUGAUUGAACUCCCCCCGAAGGCGGGGGCUGGUACUACAACUCUGAUGUUUUAUCCUGUUUUUACUACAGCGUGUUAUGACAUCAUUGUGACACUGCAGGAUGUUGCGUUGGAAAAAUAAAAACUGUGUUGUACAGCUCUCUA